AUGGAGAGCCUCGCCGCGCUCGCCCUCUGCCUGCUCCUGCGGCUGCAGCUGCCGCCGCUGCCCGGCGCCCGCGCGCAGAGCGCCGCAGGCGGCUGUUCCUUUGAUGAGCACUACAGCAACUGUGGUUAUAGUGUGGCCCUGGGAACCAAUGGGUUUACCUGGGAGCAGAUUAACACGUGGGAGAAACCAAUGCUGGACCCAGCGGUGCCCACAGGAUCCUUCAUGAUGGUGAACAGCUCUGGAAGGGCCUCUGGCCAGAAGGCCCACCUCCUCCUGCCAACCCUGAAGGAGAAUGACACCCACUGCAUCGAUUUCCAUUACUACUUCUCCAGCCGUGACAGGUCCAGCCCAGGGGCCUUGAAUGUGUAUGUGAAGGUGAACGGCGGGCCCCAGGGGAACCCCGUCUGGAAUGUGUCGGGGGUCGUCACCGAGGGCUGGGUGAAGGCAGAGCUUGCCAUCAGCACCUUCUGGCCACACUUCUACCAGGUGAUAUUUGAAUCCGUCUCUUUGAAGGGUCAUCCUGGCUACAUCGCUGUGGACGAGGUCCGGGUCCUGGCUCAUCCAUGCAGAAAAGCACCUCAUUUUCUGCGACUCCAAAACGUCGAGGUGAACGUGGGGCAGAACGCCACGUUCCAGUGCAUUGCUGGUGGCAAGUGGUCUCAGCACGACAAGCUCUGGCUCCAGCAAUGGAAUGGCAGGGACACGGCCCUCAUGGUCACCCGCGUGGUCAACCACAGGCGCUUCUCAGCCACAGUCAGUGUGGCCGACACGGCCCAGCGGAGUGUGAGCAAGUACCGCUGCGUGAUCCGCUCGGACGGCGGCUCCGGCGUGUCCAACUACGCAGAGCUGAUCGUGAAAGAACCUCCCACGCCCAUCGCUCCCCCAGAGCUGUUGGCUGUAGGGGCCACGUACCUAUGGAUCAAGCCAAAUGCCAACUCCAUCAUCGGGGAUGGCCCCAUCAUCCUCAAGGAGGUAGAAUAUCGCACCACCACGGGCACUUGGGCUGAGACCCACAUCGUUGACUCUCCCAACUAUAAGCUGUGGCAUCUGGACCCCGACGUGGAGUACGAGAUCCGGGUGCUGCUCACACGACCAGGAGAGGGAGGCACAGGACCCCCAGGACCCCCCCUCACCACGAGAACCAAGUGUGCAGACCCGGUGCACGGCCCACAGAACGUGGAGAUAGUGGACAUCCGGGCCCGGCAGCUGACCCUGCAGUGGGAGCCCUUCGGUUACGCGGUGACGCGCUGCCACAGCUACAACCUCACGGUGCAGUACCAGUACGUGUUCAACCAGCAGCAGUACGAGGCCGAGGAGGUGAUCCAGACCUCUUCCCACUACACCCUGCGGGGCCUGCGCCCCUUCAUGACCAUCCGCCUGCGGCUGCUGCUGUCCAACCCCGAGGGCCGGAUGGAGAGUGAGGAGCUGGUGGUGCAGACCGAGGAGGACGUUCCAGGAGCUGUUCCUCUAGAAUCCAUCCAAGGGGGACCCUUUGAGGAGAAGAUCUACAUCCAGUGGAAACCCCCCAAUGAGACCAACGGAGUCAUCACACUCUAUGAGAUCAACUACAAGGCUGUUGGCUCCCUGGACCCAAGUGCCGAUCUGUCCAGCCAGAGGGGGAAAGUGUUCAAACUCCGGAAUGAAACCCACCACCUCUUUGUGGGUCUGUACCCAGGGACCACCUACUCCUUCACCAUCAAGGCCAGCACAGCAAAGGGCUUUGGACCCCCCGUCACCACUAGGAUUGCCACCAAAAUUUCAGCUCCAUCGAUGCCUGAAUAUGACACAGACACCCCGCUGAAUGAAACCGACACGACCAUCACGGUAAUGCUGAAGCCUGCUCAGUCGCGGGGAGCCCCCGUCAGUGUUUAUCAGCUGGUUGUGAAAGAAGAGCGACUUCAGAAAUCACGAAGGGCAGCUGACAUCAUUGAGUGUUUUUCGGUGCCUGUGAGCUACAGGAAUGCCUCCAACCUUGAUUCUCUACACUACUUUGCUGCCGAGUUGAAGCCCGCCAACCUUCCUGUCACUCAGCCAUUUACAGUGGGUGACAAUAAGACAUACAAUGGCUACUGGAACCCUCCUCUUUCUCCUCUCAAAAGCUACAGCAUCUACUUCCAGGCACUCAGCAAAGCAAAUGGAGAGACCAAAAUCAACUGCGUUCGUCUGGCAACAAAAGGAGCCUCUACUCAGAACUCUAACACAGUAGAACCAGAAAAGCAGGUGGACAACACUGUGAAGAUGGCCGGUGUGAUCGCGGGCCUCCUCAUGUUCAUCAUCAUUCUCCUCGGUGUGAUGCUCACCAUCAAGAGGAGAAGAAAUGCUUAUUCCUACUCCUAUUACUUGAAGCUGGCCAAGAAACAGAAGGAGACGCAGAGUGGAGCCCAGAGAGAGAUGGGACCUGUAGCCUCGACCGACAAACCCAUCACCAAGCUCAGUGCCAGUCGCAAUGAUGAAGGCUUCUCCUCUAGCUCGCAGGACGUUAACGGAUUCACAGAUGGCAGCCGUGGGGAGCUUUCCCAGCCCACCCUCACCAUCCAGACGCACCCCUACCGGUCCUGCGACCCCGUGGAGAUGAGCUACCCCCGGGACCAGUUCCAGCCCGCCAUCCGGGUGGCCGACCUGCUGCAGCACAUCACCCAGAUGAAGAGAGGCCAGGGCUACGGGUUCAAGGAGGAAUAUGAGUUCCUGCUGCCAAGAUCAAUCAGAAGCUUCACCAAAGAUGUAACACUGGGUAAAAGAAAAGUUGAAGACAACCAGAAAGAUCUCUCUGAUUACAGUGGAGAAUGGAUUGGAGGGGACAAAACCAAAGCAAGAGAAACCAGUGAGGAGACUCGUGGGAAAGUGUUUCUCCAGGCCUUGCCAGAGGGGCAGACAGCUUCCUGGGACACAGCCAAAGAAGAUGAAAACCGCAAUAAGAAUCGAUAUGGGAACAUCAUAUCCUAUGACCAUUCCCGAGUGAGGCUGCUGGUGUUGGAUGGAGACCCACAUUCCGACUACAUCAACGCCAACUACAUUGAUGGAUACCAUCGACCUCGGCACUACAUUGCAACUCAAGGUCCAAUGCAGGAGACAGUAAAGGACUUUUGGAGAAUGAUCUGGCAGGAGAACUCGGCCAGCAUCGUCAUGGUCACAAACCUCGUGGAAGUGGGCAGGGUGAAGUGUGUGCGGUACUGGCCGGAUGACACAGAGGUCUAUGGUGACAUUAAAGUGUCCCUGAUUGAAACAGAGCCCCUGGCAGAAUACGUCAUACGCACCUUCACUGUCCAGAAGAAAGGCUACCACGAGAUCCGGGAGCUCCGCCUCUUCCACUUCACCAGCUGGCCCGACCAUGGCGUCCCCUGCUAUGCCACUGGCCUCCUGGGCUUCGUCCGCCAGGUCAAGUUCCUCAACCCCCCUGAAGCUGGGCCCAUAGUGGUCCACUGCAGUGCUGGAGCCGGGAGAACAGGCUGCUUCAUUGCCAUCGACACCAUGCUUGACAUGGCUGAGAACGAAGGGGUGGUGGACAUUUUCAACUGCGUUCGAGAACUUCGGGCCCAAAGGGUCAACCUGGUGCAGACAGAGGAGCAGUACGUGUUCGUGCACGACGCCAUCCUGGAGGCCUGCCUCUGCGGCAACACCGCCAUCCCCGUGUGCGAGUUCCGCUCCCUGUACUACAACAUCAGCAGGCUGGACCCCCAGACCAACUCCAGCCAAAUCAAAGAUGAAUUUCAGACCCUCAACAUCGUGACGCCCCGUGUCCGGCCCGAGGACUGCAGCAUCGGGCUCCUGCCCCGGAACCACGAUAAGAACCGGAGCAUGGAUGUCCUGCCCCUGGACCGCUGCCUGCCCUUCCUCAUCUCCGUGGACGGGGAGUCCAGCAACUACAUCAAUGCGGCGCUGAUGGACAGCCACAAGCAGCCUGCCGCCUUCGUGGUCACCCAGCACCCUCUACCCAACACCGUGGCAGACUUCUGGAGGCUGGUGUUCGAUUAUAACUGCUCCUCUGUGGUGAUGCUGAACGAGAUGGAUACUGCCCAGCUCUGUAUGCAGUACUGGCCCGAGAAGACGUCCGGGUGCUACGGCCCCAUCCAGGUGGAGUUCGUCUCUGCGGACAUCGACGAGGACAUCAUCCACAGAAUAUUCCGCAUCUGUAACAUGGCGCGGCCACAGGACGGGUAUCGCAUCGUCCAGCACCUGCAGUACAUCGGCUGGCCGGCCUACCGGGACACGCCGCCCUCCAAGCGCUCGCUGCUCAAGGUGGUCCGGCGGCUGGAGAAGUGGCAGGAGCAGUAUGACGGCCGGGAGGGACGCACCGUGGUCCACUGCCUAAACGGGGGAGGCCGCAGUGGAACCUUCUGUGCCAUCUGCAGCGUGUGCGAGAUGAUCCAGCAGCAGAACAUCAUCGACGUGUUCCACGUGGUGAAGACGCUGCGCAACAGCAAGGCCAACAUGGUGGAGACGCUGGAACAGUAUAAAUUUGUAUAUGAAGUGGCGCUGGAAUAUUUAAGCUCCUUUUAGCCCAGAGGGAUGUGGAGCCUGCCAGAGCCCGGGCUGUGCGGCCUCACCCCCUUUUCUGUGGACAGCGGGGACUGGCGGGGGCUGAGGGCCGCCGGCCCCACUCCGGGAGAAGACUGGCGGCCAGGGGGGGCUCUGCGCCUCCAAGGACUCGACUGUGCCAGGGGAGAGGCUGAUCUCCAGCGCCCAGGCUUCCCUUCCACACCCGGCCGGCACAGCCCCGGGCCCCCGCAGAAAUGCACCCACAACAAGACCCCGAUUCUUCGGUCCCCAGACCUCUGGCUUUCGCUCUUUUUCCAGUUUGUGAAGCUCCUGGCAAGCCGGCUGUGUGGGUGCUGGGGAGCCACAGGCUUGGGGCACCUCCCCUGCCCCGCUUCUCCCUGGGAGUGGGGGGGAUGUGCGUUCUACUGCUCCCAGCUGUCCUGGGAAGGAUUGGCUCUUGGGGUCACUGCUCUGCUGGCCCCUAAAAAUCUCCUUCAGGGACCCCUGGCCCCAGAUACCUGCCUGUCUGGAUCAGUGUGACCUCAGGGUGCUCCCGAGACCAUGGCAGAGGCCCCUCCUCACUCCUCACCUGCAUGGGGCUUGGCCCACCACCACUCUGCACCCCUGCCAGGCCUGGGCCUCGACUCCGCCCUGCACUGGGCAGCCGCAGUGCCCGCGCUCUUCAGUGAGGCCCGCUCUGCUCUGUGCUCAGUGGGAGGGGCUGGAAACUGCAGGACACUCGGCUGCCCCCACCCCUUGUCUUCGUGAACAGGGACCACCUCCCUGGGCGUUGGGCUCUGGCUGACCCUGUGUCACCUGGGCGGUGGCUUCCUUUGGGAGAAGCGAUUGGGUUAUUUCCCAAACAGUCUGUGAAAAGAAACUGUCUCUGGGGGGUGGUGCAAGAUCUUAGUCUCUGCGUCAGAACGAAAGGGGGCGGGAAGUUUGAACGUGUAGCUAAAAGACAAAUCCCAAGGACUCACCCCGGAUGGCACUGCCGGGAAGCAGGGGAGAGGAUGGCUUAUCUGGCGCUGGUCCCGCGGUCUCCGGGGCAGCCAGGGCAUCAACUUGCUGUGUCGUCUUGGAUCAUCAAAUGCCAACCUGGAGAAACCCAGCUGCCAUCUCCCGAAAGCCACCAUGGGAGAUGUUAUACUUUGGUUGAAAAUAGGCCAGUGGGGGUCAGGCUUGAGGACCCAGGGUCCCGCCCAGAGUAUGGAGGAGUCCACAAAAAGGGAACCAGCACCAGCAUUCAUUAAGCACCUACUGUAUGCCAGGCCUGGCACUUUUUGCGGAACAUCUCAUGCAAUCUUAGAACUCCCCUAAGAGAGCAAUUAACCCGCUGCCCUCUCCAGUCCACAAUCGAGGAAACUGAGGCCUCUUCCUUAGAGAUGAAAUUCUAGGUUCCCACCAGGCAGGCAAUGGCCAUGAGACUUAGUCCUACUGUUUUGUCCACUCUUUUCCACCAGUUAUUUUAUAGAGGGAAAAUAAGGCCAGGAGCUUCUGAGCAGAGAACUCCACAAAUGGAAAUGUAGUUCUUUCUUUCAGAUGCCAGUUCUUCCAGGAGACCCAGAAUUUCAGAUAUGUUUGAGUAACUCUCCCAGCACCCCAGGAAGCUAGCCUCAUCUAAUUUCUUAGCCAGUGAAAACAAUUCCCUGUUCCCUCAGGCGCUGAGGUCUGCUGGCCAGGGAUGCCUCUCUCCCUUGGUCUGACAGCCUCAGGCUGGCCCGGCUGAAGGACGCUCCAGGUGGAGGCUGGCCCAACCCCAGCCAGGGCAGGCAGCACGCAGAACACGAGAGGCCGCAGUGUAGAGCUCACUGUAGACUGGGGAAAGGGAACCACAGAACAUGGUCGGCAGAGUGUAUGCGUGUUCCAUAAGCCUGGGAGGAACAGAGACUGCCUAGGGCUUCCCAGAGGAGGUGAUAUUCAUGCCAGCUGGGCCUCAACAGGAAAAGGAAGAAAAGGACAUUGAGGCCAGGGGGCCCCAUGUGCAAUGGCACAGAGGUGUGAAAAAUCCUUGAGGGGGUGGUGGUGAGUGGGAGGUGAGCCCAGCUAGAGCAUCACACAGCCCAACGUAAGGCAGCUGGGCCUGGUCAAGGGAGGGAAGCCCCACCCAGGGUGCAGGCUGCCCCAGAGGCCACAUAGAGUGGGGUGGCUUGCAGUGAUGCGCCCAGCUCCGUGCUGGAGCACACCCCCCCAGACCAGUGGGGCUGCCUCUUCUCCUUUCAUCAGACACUGUGAAAACAUCCCCUUUGGCGUGUACUUUUCCAUAUGACAUCUAUUUGUCUGUCUGCUCAUUAUUUUGUUGCUGGAACAAAAUCAGUGGCAGAGCAUGAAACUCAGCUUCUGUGAGAAACUCAGAGCCUCUGCUCCACCCAGGAGCAGGAUGACCUGCCUCUGGGGCCAUGAGGAUGGGACAUGAAAGGCGCCCACAGACGCUCUCUCAGGAGCACUGGCUCUGGAGCAAUCUGGGAGUUCAGGGACACCAGACUUGAUCAAGGAAGGGCUGUCACUUUGGAGGUUCAAAAGGAAGCAUCUCAAAGCAAAGGAAGGCAAAGGAGCUCCAUGACAAACCUGCUCUCCCCCUUUGAUGCACCUUGUCCCGAGUGUGCUUGAGCAGCCCCCCACCCCCAC